AAUUGAUUGGGCCAUCAAUUCCCCAACCGCUCUUGAACCUAUCCCAAGUCCUCCUCCCACAGAAAAAGUAAAAGACCCCUGAUGGCUUAUUACGCUAGAAGCAGAACCUCCUCUAUCCUAGAGGUGUUCACUCUAAAUCCCCUGCCAUACCCUGUUCUCCUACUCUUAGCACUCAUCACUCUCUUGCUUGGCAUCCAAUGGUUUUCCUCGUAUGAGGAAGUUGUGGAAACCACUGAACAGAACUUGGGUUGGGUACUUUUUGUCAUACCAGUGUUGAUACUGAUUGCUGUCCGUUGGUUGUCAACCAUAGAGAAUCCUGAGAGAUUCUUCGUCUCGUCGCCGUAUGAUCGGCAGCGACGGACCUACAAACGCCCGUCCGAGGGAAGCUCGCCGUGGGGCGUGGCGGCGUUCAUCGUCUUGUUGCUGAUCUUGGUGCAGUACCAGUCUACCUUUCAUGACAGCUGGUUUGUGUGAUACUCAUAAUAAGAUUGGAUAAUUAUGUGUUUGUGUUGGUUUAAUAGGAGUUAUAAGUAAUUAUAAGAACUGGGUUUUGGUUCUAUUAGAACAAGAUUAAGUUUAUUGUACUGCUAUAUACGAUUGUGGUGUGUGUUUGUGUGUGUAUAUAUAUAGGUGGGAAUAUCACUGUAUAAGUGGUUGGAUAUUAGUGUAAUUAAGGGAGUAUGACUAGUUUAAUUAGGUUUGCAGCUUUUUAUUUCUGUAAUUAUGUAUUUCUGGUUGCUUUAAUAGGUGUGAUUUUAAAUAGAAGUACUGGAUUUUGUUCAA